AUGUCUGCGUUGGGUAAUCCUGAAACCUCUGAUAGUCAUGACUGGCAAGGUUUGGUGGAUUAUGCUUGGAGCCAUGCCAUCGUCUCGGAUGCAACACAUGACAUCACCAGAGAUAACUGCAAAUUUGACAGUGAUGACCCAUGGAACAACACUAAAUGUCGGGAUGCUGUCGAUGAGGUCCUUAAACAAUAUGGUGAAAUUGAUAUCUACAGUCUAUACACUCCAACCUGCAUCCAGAACUCAUCAGGUUCCAACAAUGGUGGAAGAAGACUACUCAUGUUCAAGUCCACCUCCAAGAUGAUACCGGGGAUCAUGGGUAGCUACGAUCCAUGCCUUGAUGGUUACACAACAUCUUUCUACAACAGACCAGAUGUUCAGAAGGCCCUCCAUGCUAGUGAUGGCCACAACAUCAGGAACUGGAGCAUCUGCAACAAACAAAUUUUUAACGAGUGGAAGGACUCGAUGCCCUCUGUUCUCCCCAUAUACAAGAAGCUGAUUGCAGGAGGGCUCAGGAUAUGGGUCUAUAGUGGUGACACAGAUGGAAGAGUCCCAGUGCUGUCAACAAGAUACUGUUUGGACACCCUAGGAUUGCCUACAGUUGGUCCCUGGAGGCCAUGGUACCAUAAGAAACAGGUGCUGCAGUGA